UAAUUUCGGAAGUGCAAAGAAAGCUGGAGAAAAAGAGAUAGGCCUAGUAGCUGAGUAUUGAUAGGCGGAAAAUAACAUUUUUUGCCAAUUAAUUUUUGUAAAGUAUUAGGUAGACAUAGGCCUAGGCCUACAUGACAUUAUAAACAUGUCUAGUCCAAGUAUGCAGAAAGCGAUUGACCUGAUUACAAAGGCCACUCAAGAAGACAAGGAGAAGAAUUACGAAGAGGCCCUGAGACUUUAUGAACAUGGGGUGGAGUACUUUAUACAUUGCAUCAAAUAUGAAGCACAUGGAGAUAGAGCCAAGGAAAGCAUCAGAGCAAAAUGUAGCUCAUAUCUAGAACGAGCUGAACAGUUGAAAAAACAUAUUGCCAAGAAACAGGGCAAGAAAAAAGUCAAAGACUCAGAAAGUAAAGGAAGUGGUAAAAAUAGUAGUAAGAAUGACAAGAAUAAUGGCAGCGACAGUGACAGUGAUGAAAAUGCAGAGACUAAAAAAUUGCAAGGCCAGCUUCAAGGUGCAAUUGUAAUGGAAAAACCAAAUAUUCUUUGGGAUGAUGUAGCAGGGCUUGAUGCUGCCAAAGAGGCCUUGAAGGAAGCUGUUAUCCUACCCAUCAAAUUCCCUCACCUGUUCACAGGCAAGCGUCAACCAUGGAGAGGUAUCUUGCUAUUUGGGCCCCCAGGUACGGGUAAAUCUUACUUAGCAAAAGCGGUGGCAACAGAGGCUAAUAAUUCAACCUUCUUUUCUGUGUCAUCAUCGGAUCUGGUUUCUAAGUGGCUUGGAGAAAGUGAAAAGUUAGUGAAGCAGCUCUUUGAAAUGGCUCGUGAUCACAAACCCUCCAUCAUCUUCAUCGAUGAGGUAGACUCACUUUGCAGUGAACGUGGUAAAAAUGAGAGCGAAUCAGCCAGGCGUAUCAAAACGGAGUUCUUGGUACAGAUGCAAGGUGUUGGUAACAACAAUGACGGUAUUCUGGUAUUAGGCGCUACCAACAUUCCAUGGGUGUUAGAUUCUGCUAUCCGAAGAAGGUUUGAAAAGAGAAUUUUCAUUUCUCUACCAGAACCCCAAGCCAGGACACACAUGUUCAAAAUGCAUAUGGGCUCAACAAAAACGACAUUAACAGAAAACGACUACAAAGAGCUGGGAAAGAGUAGUGAUGGCUACUCUGGAGCUGAUAUCAGUAUAGUUGUAAGGGAUGCACUAAUGCAGCCUGUGAGGAAAAUUCAAACUGCAACUCACUUUCGACGUGUGCGUGGACCUAGUCCAACAGAUGCUAAUGUUAUCGUAGAUGACUUACUGGAGCCAUGCUCUCCAGGAUCACAGGGAGCAAUUGAGAUGAGCUGGACUACAGUCCCAGGUGAUAAACUCCUAGAACCACCAGUCUCUAUGAGUGAUAUAAAGAGAUCAUUAGCAACCACUAGACCCACAGUUAAUGAGGCAGAUAUUCUGAGGACUACAGAAUUUUUGAAAGACUUUGGACAAGAGGGCUAACAAAGAAUUUGGAGUUGUAAUACAGUAACUAUAGUAAGAAUCACGACCGAUCAAAUAUUUGGGAUAUCUGUACCAGUUGGACUUUUAUGUCCUCUGAAAGCAGUUUUGUGUUAAAAUCUGAACACUAAUGAACAUGCUUUUAAUUGGAGGAGGUUGGUUAUCAAACUGGAUUCAUAGGACAUGCAGGCACUUCAUGGUUGAAAAUCCUAGAAUCGUGGGCACAUAUAUUGCAACAGGAUCAGGGUUUUCUGCUGAGUGGGGUGGUGAAAGGAAGAUGAAGUUGUGCAUCAAUUGGGUGGGAUCACUGCCAAUUCUUUAGAAGUCUUCUAGGCAGAUUAUUUAGUGUGCCCCAUAUGUCCAGUUCCUACAGGCAUAUUGUCUCCCUCAUGUUAUGUAUAAUUACAUAUCAUGUCUCACUAUUUAAUAUAUUAAGUAAAAGCUUGUAUUGAAAGUAAAAGAAUUAAUUGUACAAGUCUUCAAUUAUGAAAUAUGAAAUGCUGUAAAAUUUUUAUUGAAAUAUUAAUAUUGUAUCAUUAACAUAAUUCCAGGCGUCCCAAGUGUCCUGCAACUUGCAUGAGGGGACUCUCCCGGAAAUCGGGAUAGCCUCCCACACUGCCGCAUCCCCUCCUGCUGCAGCUCCCACAAAUUUAUAAUACUUGCAUGUUUUCACUACUUUAUUUUCAAUUGUCUUACGGAAGUCAGUGCCGAUGGGUAUCAUUACGUGGUGCAAAAUGAAAUUAGAUGUGUUAAGAUAGCUUAUUUUUUUAUUUAUUUUUUUUUAUUAACAGGAGAUUAUUCAGCGGCCCCUUUACAAGAACAAGUCCUUAAAGCUUAUUUAACUAGAUCUCCCAGAAGUGGCUUCUUCUUACUUGAAUUUACAUACUCAUAUUUUACAUUCAUAUAUUCAAAAUUUUGAUGGCGUUUUAAGAUGAAUUAAAAGCAUUUACAUCAUCAGAUUGAUAAAUGUUAUGAUGAUUAUUUUUUUAUGGGAUAAUCCUCAAUAUUGCUGGAUUUAGGAGAUAAUGUUAAAAAUAAUAGGAUUUCAGGUGAUCCUCAACUUUUUAGGAUUUGUAUUUACUAUUCUGCCAAUAGAUUAUUACCCGAUGUUAAGUUAAUGUACUAUCUGGAUGUGUUAUCCAAAGGUUGGGUAUUAACGUGAGACACAUAGAGAUUUUGUAGAUAUGAUGUGCUAUAUUAAACAUUAUUAGUGGUGGAUCCAGGAAUUUGAAAUACUGU